GUCCAUGCCAUUGCCCCAACUGAGCUACAAACAAGGAACAGAAACUUCACCACUCCCAGAAAGGAAGUACAGAGAAAAAUCCUCUGCUUAAUUAGUCAAAUGGAUGAGGAUGAAGUGGUGCUUUUGGGGUUCUGGACUAGUCCUUAUGUCAUGAGAGUGAAAAUUGCUUUGGCAGAGAAGGGAGUCCACUACUACUAUAUGGAAGAAGGAAAUCUUUUCAAGAAUAAGAGCACUUUGCUUCUGAAAAUGAACCCAGUGUUUAAGAAAGUUCCAGUUAUCAUCCAUAAUGAUAAGUCCAUUUGUGAAUCCCUCAUCAUCCUUCAAUACAUUGAUGAUGUUUGGAAUGACAGAGCUCCAAUACUUUCAGAGGAUCCUUAUCAGCGAGCUAAAGCAAGGUUUUGGAUUGAUUUUUUUGACAAGAAGAUGGCAGACUGUGGGAGAAGGAUGUGGGCUAGCAAGGGAGCAGACCAAGAGGCAGCAAAGAAAGAGUUCAUAGAAAGCUUGAAGCUGUUAGAAGGCGAGCUUGGAGAGAAGCCCUACUUUGAAGGCGAUCGCUUCGGCCUCUUGGAUAUUGCCCUGGUACCAUUCUCUUGCAGGUUUUACACAUAUGAGACUCUUUGCAAUUUCAGCGUAGAGAAAGAGUGCCCCAAGCUCAUCGAGUGGGUGAAAAGGUGCAGUCUGAGGGAGAGUGUUUCCAAGAGCCUUCCUGACCAAUAUAAAGUCUAUGACUUUGUGUUGGAAUUCAAGAAAAUGCUUGGAAUUAAUUAGUAACAAAAGUUAAAGAAUUGUUUGCUUUAAAGAUUCAGAUUUGCUUGUAUGUGACUAGGAAUUGUAAGUUGGAUUGAAGUAUUGCGCUUGUUAUAAAAUAAGAGAGAGUGAAUAAGAGAUAAGAGACGAGCAGAAUUGAGUUUGCCUUUUGUUGUUAAUAGAUAUAUUGAUCAUAUUGUGCCUAAAGAUGUUGAUGAUCAUCGAGACAAUCAAUCUUUUUUUUAUGCUUUCUCUUGAAAGUCCAUAAAUGAACGACACUCUCUUGUA